UCUCUUUACCUGUGAACUGCAUCCAACUUCAUUCUGUAUCUUUUGACUUCGGCGUCGCUAUUUUACGUUCGCUCGAACCUUCCAUACAUGUUGCCGGUAAUAACUUUUGUUUGGACGGUAUGCAACAACAACACAUUUCGCUUGCCUUCAUUUGAAGAUCUUUCUCUUUUUCUUUCUUUCAGCAUCAUGGCCUUUGCUGUUUUGAUAUUGUGUUGUUUUUUUUCCCUUUUCUUUCCAUUCAUGUUGUCCAGCGCGAGCGAGAAUCGGUGCCAGCCCUAAAAGCAAGAGAGAAUGCCAAGACCCGGUAGGGUU